UCAAAGAAGAAGAAGAAGAAGAAAAAGAAGCGGAAGCAGACCUGCCCGCCAAUUUCGAAGGAUGUAAACAACGUCGUACUCUUACGUCGGACACUGCUAUGAAAAAACUAGCGUUUUAUUUGACAACCUAACAGCGAACAUUUCGUCGACAACAAUGAAUUCCAGUGGAAAAGGAGCUGGCGAUUCAACCCAAGUUGCUGCCAGCAGUGACAGUGAUUCCAUAAAAGUGUUUGUGCGAAUACGACCUUUGACCCAGAGUUCUGGGCUGACCACAGAUGGAGAUCAAAAGCUUUGUCUCACAGUCACCUCACCCAACACCAUCCGUCUGCUAUCAAAACCAGAACCACGAACCUUCACUUAUGACCAUGUUGCUGACAUGGACACCUCUCAGGAGUCUGUAUUCUCCAGUGUGGCCAAGAAUAUUGUUGAGUCUUGCAUAAAUGGAUACAAUGGUACUAUAUUUGCCUACGGACAAACGGGCUCAGGGAAAACGUUCACCAUGCUCGGACCAUCUGAGUUGGAUAACUUCACAGAUGACCUAAGGGGGGUUAUUCCUCGAAGUUUUGAGUACCUUUUUUUUCUCAUCAACAGAGAAGUGGAACGGUCGGGCCAGUCCAAGAGUUUCCUUUGCAAGUGUUCAUUUAUUGAGAUAUACAAUGAACAAAUUUACGACCUUCUGGACACCGCCUCAGCCAGCCUUUUCCUCCGGGAGAACAUCAAGAAAGGUUUGUUUGUUGAGGGAGCCGUGGAGAAGUUUGUCAACUCAGCCGCUGAAGCCUACCAGGUGCUGUCUAUGGGCUGGCGUAAUCGACGAGUGGCCUCCACCUCUAUGAACCGAGAGUCUUCCAGAUCUCACGCAGUGUUCACUAUGACGUUGGAGUCCAAAGAGUCCAUCAAUGAAGUGGUUAACAUUCGAAUGUCUCAGUUGAACCUGGUAGAUCUGGCAGGGUCUGAGAGGCAGAAAGACACAAACACAGAAGGAUCCAGGCUGAAGGAGGCCAGCAGUAUCAAUCGCUCCCUCAUGUGCCUCGGUCAGGUGAUCAUGGCACUGGUUGAUGUGUCCAAUGGGAAGAACCGCCACAUCUGCUACAGAGAUUCUAAACUCACCUUCUUGCUCAGGGACUCUCUUGGAGGAAAUGCAAAGACCUACAUUAUAGCCAAUGUACAUCCUGGUUCGAAGUGUUUUGGAGAAACACUGUCCACCUUGCAGUUUGCUCAGAGAGCAAAGUUGAUAAAGAAUAAGGCCGUCAUCAAUGAAGACACGCAGGGAAAUGUGAGGCAGUUACAAGCUGAGGUGAAGAAACUGAAAGAGCUGCUUGCUCAGGCACUAACUUCUCCGGCAGUGGACUUUGGAAGAGAUGUGGCACCAGGAGGACCCGGACUCUCCAAUGAAAUUCUACCCGAUGUCUCAUAUAAAGCGAAGUUUAUGGCUGCUGCUCGUCUGUGGAGGAAGCGAGAAGAUGAGAAGAAGACGUUGCUCCAGAAAGUGGCUCAGCUUGAGGAGGCCUGGACUCAGAAAGACAAGUUCAUCCAUUCCAGCCGGAUGAUUGUCAGGUUUCGAGAGGACCACAUCUAUCGACUUGAGAAGAAACUGAAGGCAGGACCAGGCUUAAUGUCAGACAAGGACUCUCAGAUUGUGAUCGACCAGCUGAAAGAGGAGAUAAAGAUCUUGAGCGAUCAGGUUGAACAUCACCCAAAGAUGACUCGAUAUGCAGCGGAGAACUUCAGCCUCAGACAUGAAAAUCGUCAACUUCGCACUCUGGAUUCAGUGUUGAAUGCUGAAGAGGCUGUAGUCCAAGUCGCUGCUGAGCUGGAAGAUGCCUUCCAGAGUGCUAUGGAAACAGAAAGACUCACAGAGACUCCAGCAGCUGCUUCAACCCCUGUGUCUGUAGAUGCAGCUGCAAUGGAGAAGCUGAAGGCUCAGCUGCUUCAGAAACAGUCCGACCUCACAGGCGCCCUUCAGGCCUUUGAGGAGUACAAAGAAGUCACCAAAAAGCAGAUGUCUCAGCUGGAGUCUGAGAAAAGAUAUCUUGACAAGUCCAACAGGCAUUUGGAAAACAUUUUGGAAGCCACAAACGCUUACAAAACAAAGGAGGUCUCUGAGCUGAACAGAAUUCACGUUGAAACUAUAAAGAUUCUCACCACGCCCACCAAAGCAUACAACUUGCGGACCCGUUUCGUGCCUCUCUCUAGCCCGGAGCACCUGAAUGGGUUGGACGACAUUUGGACAGAGCAGCCUCCUUCAGACAUGACUGAGAUGGCCUUGACUGAGGAACUGCGUCAUGUGCAGGAGCAGGCCAGCUGUUUCCAGACACAGUUUAAUGAGGAGGAGCUAAAGAGCAGCAAGCUGUUGCAGCAGAUUGCAAAACUUGAGGAGCAAAUCACCGUGAUAUCGCAAGAGUCUGACCGCAACGAUGAGCUUCUUUCUUCUGAGCGAGUUAACAGGAACAGAGAGCAGCUUAACCUACAAGAAAAUGUCAGCGAGCUGCAACAGAGCCUUCAGUCUGAACAGCAAGCCGCAGAAGUGCUGAGGAGUGAGAUCCGUGAUCUACGCCUGGUGCUGCAGUCGUCCGACAAGGAGCUGAACACUGUGAGGAACGAGCUAAGAGACGGCCAGAGCGAGCAGCAGAGAGAGACGAGCCAGCUCUCCAGCAGUCUGAUCAGCACCCAGCUCCAACUUGACAAAGUCCAGCUGGAGUGGGAGCAGCUUCUGGAGCAGCAUCGGACACUGCAGGAUUCAUUCGACACGCUCCAAGCUGAGGCGAAGUUUGAUGCUGAUCAGGCAAGUCAGCAGCUGCAGGACAGGCAGCAGGAGAUUGAUCAACUGAAGGCACAGCUCACGGAAUUGAAUAAUUCUCUGCAGAUAGAGCAAGAACACACAAGCACCCUGAAAUCCCAGAUAAGAGAAAACAAAGAGAGUACAUCAAAAGAACUUAUUGAAACGGUGGAGCAGAAUACACAGCUGAGAAAACAAGUGUCACACCUGACGGUACAAAAUCAACAACAGGCAUCCAAAAUUGUCGAUCUUGAGCAAAAUUCAAACUCUGUCAACGAAACGAUAAAAGGCUUGGAGCAGAAGAUUGAACAGGACAAAGAUGUUGUUUUAGAUCUGAUCAACCAAACCAGAGACCUCCGCAGUGAGCUGAGCCAGAAGGACCAGACCAUCACUCACCUGUCUGAAGACAUCAAAGACAUCACGGUCAAGUACAAUGCUGCCUGCCUUGGAAGGGAGGAUAUCCGGGAGCAAAACUCUAAGAUGCAGGCAGAAAUCUGUGACCUGAAAGAAACUAUAGACAGGCGGGUAGCAUCCAACCAAAUAGAGGUGGAGGUGUUGCAGGAAGAGGUCGUUUAUGCCACUGAGGAGGUAGAGAGACUCACUAAGGUCUUAGCUGAGCAGAACAGCCUCCUCCAGGAGCAAACAGCCCAGAAGGACACGCUGAUACAGAAUCUACAGCAGAAGAUGCAACAACAGCAAGACACUGUUGAGAGAACGAUCAGAAAUGUCAGUUUCAAACCGCUCGUCGAGCAGAUGGGCACACCUAAAUCAUUACCUCGGACACCCUGCACUCCAGGAAGUUUCAAGGACCUGAGCCAUGUGCUAGAGAGCCAGGAGAUGGAGCUGGAGAAUCGACGCUCCUCCAUGAUGAGCAUGGAGAUACUUUUAAUGGAGCUGAACGCUGAGAGGACGGCAAAGAAUGAGGAGAUCCAAAGGCUUAAGAUGCAGUUGACUGAGAAAGAGAUGGUCCGAAUUGAGAUCCAGGCUUUGCUUGACCAGUUUUACAACAAGGAGAGGCAGCCUACGCAGAAUGGAAAUAAUCAAAGUGAUGACUUGAAUGAAACUUUCAAGCAAACCUUCCUUAAAGAGAUACAGGAGGAGAGAGCAGAUAAGAGCAAAAUAAUGCAGCAGCUGUCUGAUACUCAAAAACGAAUGCAAGCGCAGGAGUUGAUGUUGGCCCAGUCUCAAACGUGCGUUCAGGAGCUGACGACUGAGCUCAGGAACCGCUGUAUAGAGUUGAGAGAGCUGAACCAUGGGAUGCAGGAUGAGGAGAAACUAUUCCAGGAAAACGAGGUUCUCCGUAAGCAGAAUGUUCAGCUGUCGGAGGAGAAUGGAAAACUUGUCGGGCAUAGGAACCACAAACAAAGGAUUGAAUAUCUGGUGAAGCUGAAAAAGGACAACACCAAACUUCAAGAGGAAAAUGAAAAGCUCAGAACGGAGAUGAUAAUUAGAGACAACAGUGGAAGUCUGCCACCUGUGAUGCUGUAAAUCCCUGAUUCUUUAAUAGUUUUAAUCUAGGUGAAUUUGCAUCUUUCCCAGUAAAGAAGUUGUAAAAAAAAAAAAAAA